CUUACCUCAUAUUGGGCUUAUCUGGAUCCCAUUAUUUGAGCAUACUGAACUUGUUUCAGGCAAUUGCACGAAAUCUCUGCUUCUAGUUCAAUCGCCGAUCAGCUAAGAUUUGGAGAUGGGGUUCAUAAUGGAGUUUGCAGAGAACUUGAUACUGCGAUUGAUGGAGGAUCCAAAUGAGAGAGAUAGGAAAUCAAGGGAGCGAAUUUACGAUAAAUAUGAUAAGGGCAAGAAGUUUUUGGCACUGUAUAACUUGCCACUGCGUCCGUAUGGUUUCUGGACAUUUGAGCGCCACAAUGCUCAGAUUUAUUGGGAUGCUCAGAUUAGCCAAGUUGCAGGGCGUCGCGAUCCAUAUGAUGACCUCUUGCAGGACUACCCUAGUGCUUCCUCCUCCAAGUAAUUGGGGCGUCAGGAGCAUUUGACUAAACUGUGAGGACUCUUGAAAGCCAUGCAAGCUUUGGUUAUAUUUGUCUAUUUCUUUGGCUGUGUGCCACAAGACUUGGAAAAUCUUUUCUUUUGUUGUAAUAAAUAUAAUGACCAAAUUUUAUUCAAGCCAGGUUGUGUUGCUACAGAGCUUUUCGGUUUGCAUUUUCAGAUUCUUAGUGUGUUUGCAAAUACUAUUUUUGCUUCCGUUUCUCUAAAAAUAAGCUGUUGAAGCCGUACUAUGAAAAGCGUGCUUUCCUUUUUAGCUUAAUUUUGUAUUAAACAUUUGCAUCGUCGUUAUUUUUUUCCUUGAAUCAAAUUUAUA